GGAGAAGAGCUCAACGUACCUCUUUCCUUUUGCUCAACCAAACUCGCAGAAUGAAGGAGGUGAAGAGCGAGAGGGAGCGAGGAAGCCGGCGAAGGCACCGGGAUGGGGACGUGGUGGCGGCAGCGACGGUGGUGGUGAAGCAGGAGCGCCUCAGCCCGGAAGCCGCGCCUCCAAUCCACCGCCGUUCGGACUUCUCCGGCGGCAGCCCGUCCCCACCGCCCGGCGAGGCCGGCCGCCCCGGCCACCGUGGGAACCGAGCCCGAGGAGUUAGCCGGUCCCCAGCCAAAAAGAAAAACAAGUCUUCAGGGAGAAGAAGCAAGUCUCCUCGGAAUAAGAGAAGCCGAAGUCCUCAUCACUCAACAGUCAAAGUGAAGCAGGAGCGGGAGGAUCAUCCCCGGAGAGGACGGGAGGAUCGGCAGCACCGUGAACCAUCAGAACAGGAACACAGGAGAGCUAGGAACAGUGACCGAGACAGACACCGGGGCCAUUCCCGGCAAAGGAGAAGUUCUGAUGAGAGGCCUGGGAGCGGGCAGGCCUCUGGACGGGAUCGGGACAGCCAAAACCUGCAGGCUCAGGAGGAAGAGCGGGAGUUUUAUAAUGCUAGGCGCCGGGAGCAUCGCCAGAAGAAUGAAAUCAGUGGCAGUGCUAAUGAGGCUCAGGAGGUGAUUCCUCGACCUGGUGGCAAUAAUAAAGACAAAGAGGUGCCUGCUAAAGAAAAACCAAGCUUUGAACUUUCUGGUGCACUUCUUGAGGACACCAACACCUUCCGGGGUGUAGUCAUUAAAUACAGUGAGCCCCCAGAAGCUCGUAUCCCCAAAAAACGAUGGCGUCUCUACCCCUUUAAAAAUGAUGAGGUACUUCCAGUCAUGUAUAUCCAUCGACAAAGUGCCUACCUUUUGGGUCGACACCGCCGCAUUGCAGACAUUCCAAUUGAUCAUCCCUCGUGUUCAAAGCAACAUGCAGUCUUUCAGUAUCGGCUUGUGGAGUACACCCGUGCUGAUGGCACAAUUGGCCGAAGGGUGAAGCCCUACAUCAUUGACCUUGGCUCAGGCAAUGGAACCUUCUUGAACAACAAGCGCAUUGAGCCACAGAGAUAUUAUGAACUGAAAGAAAAGGAUGUGCUUAAAUUUGGAUUCAGCAGCAGAGAGUAUGUCUUGCUUCAUGAGUCAUCAGAUACCUCUGAACUAGACAGAAAGGAAGAUGAAGAUGACGAGGAGGAGGAGGAAAUAGUGUCUGACAGCUAGCAAACUUAACCAAACCAUUGAGACAUUUUUCCUUCUUGGAAGACUUUAGGAUUGCCUCAAAGAGCACAGUGGUGCUCUCUGUAAUGCCUUUUAUUGCCUUAAGUCUUUCCUGUGUUGCUGACCAGCUUAUUUUACAGUGUAAGAACACUGACUUAGGUUUUGUUGAACUUUUUUCUGUGGCACAUCAGCCACGUGUCUGUGCCAUUUGUUUUCAGAAGAGUCUUACCGAUUACAACACAUCGUUUUAGUAGAAGCAUUGUGGCUUUAGUUGGUGCUUUCAGAACUGCUGCUUAGGAAACUAACCCUUAUUUGAAGGGGAGUCAUGGCUUGUUCUCUUUGUAUAGUUACUUUAUUAUUUAUUUAGUUGUUAAGCUUUGUGGACCAGGAGUUUUUGUUUGGGGGCAAACCCCUAAACAGAAUCUUAAUAAGCUUUGGUUGUCACCAAAACAGCCUCCACCAAAGCUUUGACCUGGUUGAGCUCUUGAGUCAUAGAAGUUGAUUUUGCACUUAGCUUUUUUGGGGGGUGGGAGAGGAGGGGGUUUACCGUGUGACCUCAUUAGUGACUGUUUAACUUAAACAGAUGCUUUAUGGCACCUGCUUAAGUACAUGACUAUACAGGAAGAUCAUGGCUACUACCAACGGGUGCUGAUUUAAUAUCAUGAGAGGCUGAAAUGCAUUGUGGAUCUGUUUCUUAAGAGAAAAUUCCUGAUUUCUUUAUAGAACAUGUAUAUAACAAUUUUGAUCAUCUUGUCUGUUCUAAAGUUUGCGUUUUUGUUCAAAUGUUGUUUCCCUUUUUUUUCCCUUUGAGUAAUAACACUGUUGCUAAUGUGGCAGGAUCCUUAUUCUAACAACAUGUAUAUAUGUCUAAAGGAGAUUGUGUAGCUUACAUGUUUCUACACAUUUCAUCCUUAAAAAAAUUGUUCAAAGGUUGUAUUUACCAUCCAAAUCUGGAAAUCAAGGGGACUGUCCAGUUUCCAAAUUUUCUACCAGAGGACUAUGUGUAAGUAGGAAAAAAGUCUUUAACUACUUACAUAUAGUUUGUGUAUGUGUGUGUGUGUGUAUGUAUGUGUGUGUGUGUAUAUAUAUACACACACACACACAAAUUGUGUUAAAGAGCUGUGUACCAAUUUUCAUAAGACAAUGUUUUGUGAUAUAAAUGUAAUACCACAUGAUAGGCAAAGGCCUCCCUGCAUUUGAAGAGCAGGUUUUUGUUUAUAUGUAUUUUUGGGAUAAAAAAUAAAAUUUGUAAAUAUAGCCCCA